ACUGACGGAAAUCCGUCAGUCUGUCAUUGUACUUUUUAAUGCAUAUCAAUUUCGAUUUGGUUUUUUAUACAGUUUGAAAAUAAAUAUUUUAGCGUUAAUCGGAUUAGCAAUCAAAUUUCUCUAUGCUUUGAUUCGAUUUGUGUCAAGUAUAAGAAGUGACCAAAAAUGAGUGAUGAGGAGCCUGAAGAAAACCAAAUGCGCACAGCAUUAACUGAAAUAGCUAAAGAAGUUCAAAAGCUCCAUAAAAACACUAUAUCUGCAAAAAGUAAGAAAUGUGACGCUGAAGAAAUUUUAGGUCAACUUUUAAAAUGCAAGUCAUCUUUGAAUUUGAGAACAAUUCAAAUAAAAAGAUUGAAAAAUUCUCUAAAAACUGCUUGUGCUGUUGCCAAAACUAUGUCAUCAACUAAAGCAAGCGAAAUAGCAACGCUAACAAGUCAUUUAGAUUUUGCUAGAAAAAAUUACUUGAAUUUAAUACGACAACAAAGUGAGAAAGACGAUAUAAUUACUAACUUAAGCACAGAAAACCACGCUUUACGGGAUCAGCUUCAGUUUUUCGAAAACGUCAUAAGACUUGGGUAUCAGGAAUUACAGAAAAGAAGGGAUGAAGAACACGUAGAAAAUAUUUCUAGCCUAGAACAAUUGAAACACAUUUUAACUUGCUGUGGACAGUUUUAUGCGGAUUACUGCAAUGAACACGAGAAACGCAUUCAACUGGAACAAAAGAACAGAUUUCUCAACACACUAAUGACAAUGGAAAAUAAUUUAAAACCUAAGGAGAAAGUAGGCUCUGUUUGUAUUAACAAGGAUAAGAAAUGCCCUCCGCCAAGCCCUCGGCAACGUAUUGGUUUCGCACGGUCUGAAUUUAAAAUAGGGUCUCAUCAAAGAAACUUUACUAAUCUGACCAUGACAAAAAUCGAAUUAAAUAAACAUUUAUCACUAUCACCAACAAACAGCAGGGAUUUGGACUUGACGACACAUUUAAGAACGGUAAAGCAACUUCUUAAUGAUCAAGAUAAUCUCAUUAAAGAUUUGAAGAGCCUUUCGAAAGCAAUAAAUGUUGAUGAAAGUUAUUAAAA